AAAAAAACAAAAAGAGAGAGAGAAAAAAUGAAGUUGAAUAGAGUUGAAGCUGACACUGUUACUUUCAUUCGUUUUGGUGUGUCUAUGUGAUGUCUGAGAAACUUGUUUGAAAUCCAAAUUCUCAUUUCAAACAAAGUUAAACAAUUUCUGAUCUUCAUUCGUCUCAAUGCAAACUCCCGACGACAUUCGCAACCUUCCCAUCGACAUCACUUUUUCUCGUCUCGGAGAAUGGUUGGUCGAUCGCAAAAGAGUACCAGCUGAUUGGCGGAAACGCGUGGCAGCAAUUAAGGCUCGAAUUUCCAAGGAAUUCUCAUCCCUCCCUAAGGAUUCUGAUCCCCUUUUUCAAACCCUAGACCCUGAAGAGAUUGGUUAUUUAGAGGCCAAACAGAUAUAUGAUAUUCUCUUGAAUUCUACUACGGAAAGCAGGAACAUAUUUGGUCGACUAUCUGGUUCUGCGGGUGCAUGGGAAGCAAUUGUGCGGUCUUUUGAGAAAGAUCAUGUUUUUCUUGGUGAGGCUGCGCUUAUUAUCACCCAAAAUGUGAACUAUGAAAUCCCUUAUCAGAGAAAGCAGGUGCAGAAGAUUCAACAGCAGCUGGCAGAACUUGACCGCAAGGAGGCUGAUAUAAAAAGAAGUGCUGCACUCUCGGCAGCAAAAUAUGUUGAAGCUUGUCAAGAGCUUGGCCUACAGGGGAAAAAUGUCAGAUUAGAACUUUUGGAAACAGCAAAAUCACUUCCGAGUACGUUUCGCAGGAUUUUGGAUGUUGUGAAUAGCGAUAACAUUUCACAGGCAAUCGAAUAUUAUUGCAAUUUUGUCAGAGAUGCUCACACCGAAAAGGAAAAAUCUUCCGAAGCUGUGCUGCAAAACUUGAGGAACAUGCGUGAAAAUCCUCCAUCUUUAAAUGUUGCUGUUGACUCUGAGGUUAUUAAUACUGUUCACCCAAGUAACCAGGAAUCAAACCCUGCAGUAAGCGAUGUGGAAUUUGCUGCUCCUGACAUUGACUGGGAUAUUUCAGUGGAAAGCUCACAAAUUGAUUGGGACAUUGGAACCGUAGAAGAAACCGAGGAUACUGGUAAUGGCUUGGGUCCGUAUGAAAUCAUUAAUGCCUCUGAGGCCAUACAGACUUCUUCAUCAACUGAGGAUGUUGGAUCUGAUCCAACAAUAUCAAACGAAGAACUUUGCUCACAUGCAGAUAUAUCCUGGGAUAUUAGUGUUGAAUCUGCUAAUGUUGAUGUGAUUGACGAUGUUAAUGCAUCAAAUGCAGUGCUAGACAAUCAGACUUCUCUUCCAGAUGCCUUAUCUCAAUUGACAGAAAACAAGGAAGGCAAGAGCCAGCUUUUAGACACAGAGUACAGGAAUAAGAUUCUUGAUGAUCUAUAUGAGGUGAAAUCCUUCUUAAAUCAACGGUUAGCUGAAUUGAAGAACGAGGAAACUUUGUCACUGCAAAAUCAAGUGCAGGCAGUUUCUCCCUUUGUUCUACAACAGCAUGCUGCUGAUGCUAUAGAAACGAUGCAAGGUGAUGUUUCUUUGGCAAUUUCAUUGCUGACAAAUAGGAAGACAAGGGAUCUGGUUAUGAUUCUCAACUCCAAAAGAUUUCUAGACAGACUAGUCAACUCUCUGGAGGAAAAGAAACAUCAUGAAGUCAAGUUGAAAGAUGGAUUGAAGGACUUGGCAACUAAGCGCAUGGAACUGCAGAAUUCAUUAUCUUCAUUGUGGCCUAAACAAGAUGCGGCUGUGGGAAAAACAAAGGAACUGAAAAAACUGUGCGAGAAUACACUUUCAUCCAUGUUUGAUGGAAGACCAGUUAAUAUAAUUGGAGAGAUCAACACUCUGUUGACCAGUGGUCUUGGAGCAUGAUGAAGAUCUGAUUAAAGAAGAGAAGUUUCCUUUGAUAAUGAUAAAGCCUUUAGGUGGAUAAUGACUACAGAUAAAAUAACUGAAUAAUGGGUUUUAUGGGGUAGAACCUUUCCUUUUUCUUUUUGUUCUUAUUUUCACAGUACCUGUUAUUUUUGACAACUUAUACAAUGCAAAUUCACACAGACAUGUUAUAGAUUAAGAACUAAGAAGUAACUUGUGGUACUUGGUCGUCAUUUGAAACUGUCCUUAUUGAUCUUAUAAGCAGAAGAUACGGGAUGCAUUAUUCUUGCUUGAUAUUUUUAUCAUUAA